AUGGCAAGUAACGCUCGUUCAGUCCCAUCUACGGACCCUGGUGUCUAUGAUGAGUACAAGACAAAAUGGUCAAACCUGCCAACGGUCGAGAGGACUUGGUUACAGCGAGCCAAAGAGGUUGCCUCUGUCCUAGCUCAGGAUGCUGCAUUGCGAGAGAGAGAGAAUAAGUCCCCUCGAGCGGAAGUCGCCUUGCUGAAACAUUCCGGCCUCCUGAAGAUUUUGGGAUGGAAGAAGUAUGGCGGUGGAGAACAACCAUGGAGCGUUGGUUACAAGGUCAUACGUGAGGUUGCAAAAGGAGAUGGCUCCGUCGGAAUGCUGCUUGGGUACCAUUUGUUUUGGUCAACGACCGCCAACGUCAUUGGAAGUAUAGAGCAGGCAGAACGCUUUCAGGAUCUCAUAAUUUCCAACAAUUACUUUGUUGGUGGUGCCGUCAACCCCCGUGAUAGCGACCAUAAGAUCACUGCUGAUGGCGAAAACGUCAUCUUUAACGGCUUCAAGAAUUUCAACACUGGUGGUGUCAUCUCGGAUUUGACAGUCUUAGAGGGUGUUUUAGAGGGAACUGAGGACCAUAUUUACGCCAUUGUUAAAACUGAACAGCCCGGUAUCAUAUUUUCUCACAACUGGGACAAUAUCGGACUGCGGCUUUCUGAGUCCGGAAGUGUCAAGAUCGAAAACGUAAAAGCUCCUUGGGAUGACGCUCUUGGGUGGGAUAAGACUGAAAAGAAGCCAAAUCCCGCGAUCCUCAAGAUCCCAUUCGCGUCUUUGCUUCUGCCUACUAUCCAGCUGGUUUUCAGCAACUUCUAUAUAGGGAUUGCAUGGGGCGCGCUGGAGUUUGCUUCAGCGUACACUAGGCAAAACACCCGUGCCUGGCCAUUUGGGGGCGAUAACAAGGAAAAGGCUGAAGACGAGUUCUAUAUCCUUUCCACAUAUGGAAACUUCCUGGCUCAUCUUCGCGCAGCCACUGCUCUGGCUGAUAAAGCGGGUGAAGAGAUUGACAAUGUGUACAAGAACUCUGGUGACCCGGUGGCUCGGGCAAAACUUACCGCACAGGAAAGAGGAGAAGCCGCAGAGUGGGUUGCCAGCGUGAAGAUAACAGCUACCGACACAGGGUUAAGAGUUACUUCGGGCGUCUUCGAGGUAACUGGCGCCAGGGUCACAUCGACCAAGGUUGGUUUGGAUAGGUUCUGGAGAGAUAUUAGGACGCACUCUCUCCAUGAUCCUGUUGCUUAUAAGAAUCGUGAGCUUGGAAGAUACCAAUUACUGGGUGAAAUCCCAGAGCCCACUUGGUACACAUAA